AUGAAUAUCGUGGAAUGGGCAUUCGGAAAGCGCAUGACGCCCGCAGAGCGCCUGCGCAAACAUCAACGAGCGCUAGAAAAGACACAACGAGAGUUGGACCGUGAGAGAGUAAAGUUGGAAAACCAAGAGAAGAAGCUGGUUGCAGAUAUCAAGAAAAGUGCGAAGAAUGGGCAGACGGGCCCACUCAAGAUACAAGCCAAGGACCUUGUCCGAACGAGACGGUAUAUACAGAAGUUCUAUCAGAUGCGCACACAACUACAGGCCAUCUCUCUGCGGAUCCAGACCGUCCGCAGCAACGAGCAGAUGAUGCAGUCUAUGAAGGGAGCAACAGCUCUACUUGGCAGCAUGAAUCGUCAGAUGAAUCUCCCCGCCCUACAACGAAUCGCAAUGGAGUUUGAGAAAGAGAACGACAUCAUGGACCAACGGCAGGAGAUGAUGGAUGAUGCGAUUGACGAUGUGACUGGUCUUGAAGACGAGGAAGAAAGCGAGGAUGUAGUCAACCAAGUCCUCGACGAAAUAGGCAUCGAUCUCAAGGAUGCGCUUGGAGAAACUCCACAAGGUCUACAGAAGAACCAAGUUGCCGAAAGCAGGGUCGCCCAAGCGGUAGGGGGUGGAGAUCCCGGCGAUGACGACCUCCAGGCACGUCUUGAUAGCCUCCGCCGGUAG